AUCGUUCUUGCAAACUCAUCACUUGCCUUUAUUGCUCAUAAAGCUUGGGCGGAGAUAUCUGAAAUAGCCGACGUGACCCAACCAGAUAGUCAGCCCGUUGUAAAGACUUUCUCCGAGAGACUCUUGACCAAGCAGCCCCAACCGCUUGCACAACUCGAUGAAUCCACGUCUCAACACUCCAAAUACUGUGGACAAUUCGACUGCUCGCAUGACUGGCUUAUCUCCAGUUCUCUCUGCAACGUCCCUGUCUUUAUGCAAUAUUUGCACGAAAAUAGGUAG